AUGACAGUCAUUGACAAACUCAAAGCUGUGUUCUCAUCCGACUCCCCUUCCCAAACUUCCACUUCCACUUCCACACCCACACCUCAUCCAGAAGGACAAGCUCCCGCCCACCCUUCUGAACCAGAUGCCAAAGCCGUCCCGGAGACCGCAGUGUUAUCGGACAAACCUGUCUUCGACCAAGAGAAAGUCACGGUGAUUUUUGUGUUGGGUGGUCCAGGUGCAGGUAAAGGCACUCAAUGUGAGAGGCUGGUGAAUGAUUAUGGAUUCAAGCACCUUUCAGCCGGUGAUCUCCUCAGAGAAGAGAGAAACAGACCUGGAUCCACUUAUGGCGAAUUGAUUACCGAAUACAUCAGGGAAGGUAAGAUCGUUCCCCAAGAAGUUACAAUCAAGCUCCUUGAAAACGCUAUGUCUUCCACUCUCGCUUCCCCACCCUCUACCGACUCAGCCUGGUCCAACGGGCACGGUCGAUUCCUGAUCGACGGUUUCCCAAGAAAGAUGGACCAAGCGUUGAAAUUCGACGAAUCAGUCGUUAAAUCAUCGUUCGUCCUGUUCUUCUCUACUACCGAGGCGAUCUUAUUGGAGAGAUUGUUGGAGAGAGGUAAGACCAGUGGUAGGGAUGAUGAUAAUAAGGAAAGUAUCGUUAAGAGGUUUAGGACUUUCGUAGAAACUUCUAUGCCUGUCGUGGAUUAUUAUCGAAAACUUGGAAAAGUCGUUGAAAUCGACUCAUCUCCCCCUAUCGACGAAGUAUACCAAAAAGUCAGAGUAGAAAUCGAUCAAAGAUUAAGUACUCAAGCUCCAGCCCAAGCCCCAGCUGCUACUGCAACAUCCAAUACCGCCUCUACUACCACUGAAACUGGUGCUCCAACUCUCGCUCCAGCAGUCUAG